AAUCUAACCUCAUUUGAUCAUGGAUCUUCAAUGCCCUUCCUUCCAAGUCCUGUUUACUUUCUUGCUACUUACUGUGAUUCUGCUACUGAAAAUAGGGAAGAGAGGCCACAACAACAACUCCUCUGCUUCAAACCUACCACCAGGGCCAUGGAAGCUACCAAUUAUUGGAAACAUACACCAGCUCAUUGGCACUCUACCCCAUCGUGGACUCAGAGACUUGGCCAAGAAAUAUGGACCUGUUAUGCACCUGAGGCUCGGAGAAGUUUCCACCAUAGUUGUUUCGUCAGCUGAGCUUGCCAAAGAGGUGAUGAAAACACAUGAUAUUAUCUUUGCAUCAAGACCCCAAGUCUUAGUUACAAGGAUCUUAUAUUAUGAUUCUAAAGAUAUUGCAUUUGCUCCAUAUGGUGAUUACUGGAGAGAAUUACGAAAAAUUUGCACGCAGGAGCUCUUAAGUGCAAAGCGGGUUCAAUCUUACCGGCCUAUUAGGGAAAAAGAGGUACUGAAUCUCAUCAAAUGGAUUGGUUCAAGAGCAGGAUUACCAAUUAAUCUUACUCAGAAAGUUUUAUCUGCCACAUAUAGCAUAACUUCUCAAGCAGCCUUUGGUAUUCAGUGCAAGGAUCAAGAAGAAUUCAUAUAUGCAGUGAAGGAUAUUAUCAAAGCAGUGUCGGGCUUCAAUGUGGCAGAUGUAUUUCCUUCUUUCAAAUUACUUCAUAGGAUAAGUGGAGUGCAUCCUAAACUUCAGAGGCUGCAGAAGCAAGCUGAUAGAAUAUUGGAAAACAUCAUCAAAGAACAUAUACAAGCUACAACAACAGCGAAAAGUGAUGAGGCUCAAGAUCUGGUAGAUGUUCUCCUAAAAUUUCAUGAGACUUGCGGUGGCAGUGAGCUUUCUUUGACUACUGACAACAUCAAAGCAGUGAUAUUGGAUAUUUUUACCGCUGGGAGUGAGACAUCAGCUACGACUGUAGAUUGGACAAUGUCAGAAAUGAUCAAAAAUCCGAGAAUCAUGAAAAAGGCACAGGAUGAGGUGAGGGAAGUGUUCAACAGGACACAGCAAGUAAACGAAACAAGCAUCAGAGAGAUGAAAUAUUUAAAGUUGGUCAUUCAAGAAGCACUGAGGUUACACCCUCCUGCUCCCCUGCUACUUCCAAGAGAAUGUGGAGAGAGGUGUGAGAUUGAUGGGUAUGAAAUACCUGUCAAAACAAAGGUAAUCGUGAAUGCUUGGGCGAUCGGGAGAGAUCCCAAUUACUGGAGUGAGCCGGAGACCUUUAAUCCAGAGAGAUUCAUUGAUAGCUCUGGUGAAUACCAAGGAACAAACUUUGAUUACAUCCCAUUUGGUGCUGGAAGGAGAAUGUGCCCUGGCAUAUUAUAUGGUCUGGCUAAUGUUGAGCUCCCACUAGCAAUGUUGUUAUAUCAUUUUGAUUGGAGUCUCCCCAAUGGAAUGAAUAAUGAAGACCUGGAGAUGACUGAGGAGUUUGCCGCUGUUGUCCAACGAAAACAAGAUCUGCUUUCGAUUCCCACUCCAUAUCACCGUCCUCUGACUGAUGCAAGUUCAAAAACAGAAAUAAGUUAAUCAAGUACUUUGAAGUGUACGUUUUCUUUUUUCCCUUGUAAUUGCAACUGUACUUUGUUAGUUAGUUUGUUUAUGUUGUACUUGUGUUAUCAGAAGUUUGAGAAGUAUCUAAAGCCUAGUUGCUCAAUAAAAUUCAAACACUUUCCCAAGAUUUCGCCUCUACAGAAACUUCCGAUAUUUAUACUCAUAGCCUCUUUCGGUAGCUGGUAGAGUCUGAAAAAGUCAGUGAUGUUAAAUAACAGCUACACAUGUUUGCUAUCUUCAAAUUUUGUUCUUUAUCUUUUGUUACUACAACAGAAUUUGUGGAUUUAUAUUUACAAAAAAAAAGUGGUGUUGAUUGCAG